CCUCAUUAAUUACGGAAUUGUCCUCACCCUCUACCUCGUCUUCUCGAGUCUCUCAGCCGUAAAACAAAGUCACACUCUUUGAUUCAGAACUUAAAUUCUGUUUGGUUGGCAAGAAAAAGAAUCGGAGAGAAAACUAAGGAAAAUAAUCCAGAAAGAAAAAAUUAUGUCUCCUCACGGCGACAAAUCGGACGCUGCAGAGGAAGCUUUGGUUGCUGAAACUGAGAAGCGCCCCAUUUCCACCAUCCUCAUCGUGAUCGCUAUGCAGACUGAAGCUCUUCCUGUGGUGAACAAGUUCAACCUCACAGAGGACCCUGACUCCGUGUUCCCAAAAGGGGUCCCUUGGGUCCGGUAUCAUGGGUUUUACAAAGAUCUUCAUAUUAAUUUAGUUUGGCCUGGAAAAGAUUCAUCUUUAGGAGUUGAUUGUGUAGGCACAGUUUCUGCGUCUCUUGUGACCUAUGCUGCCAUUCAAGCGUUACAGCCAGACCUAAUUAUCAAUGCAGGCACUGCCGGUGGCUUUAAGGCCAAAGGAGCAGGCAUCGGUGAUGUGUAUCUCGCAUGUGAUGUUGCUUACCAUGAUAGAAGGAUACCCAUUCCUGUGUUUGAUCUAUAUGGAGUUGGUUUACGACAAGCCUGUGUAUCACCCAAUCUUCAAAAGGAACUUAACCUAAAGAUUGGUAAACUGUCUACCGGCAACUCUCUAGAUAUGUCCCCACAGGAUGAAGCAUCGAUCGUUGCAAAUGAUGCUACAAUUAAAGACAUGGAGGGUGCUGCUGUUGCCUAUGUGGCAGAUCUGUUGAAAGUCCCAAUCAUAUUUGUUAAAGCUGUGACUGAUGUAGUAGAUGGUGAAAAACCAACUGCAGAAGAAUUCUUGCAAAAUUUGUCAGCAGUAACUGCUGCUCUUGAAGAGAAGGUCACCCAAGUUAUCGAGUUUAUUAACGGAAAGUGCCUCUCUGACCUUUGAAGCAUUGCAUCCAAACUUAAUGAAACAUUUAUGUGAUAUUAGCAUGUACCUGGACCGCGGUUGACUGGAUAUCUACAGAUUUUGGUAAUACCUUAUUUGAAAGGUCCAACAGCAACAGUUCAUAGUUUGUGUAACUAUUUUUAAACAGUAUCUGGUGGUUUAAUCACAUGUUCUCUUUUGUAA